CUCGUCACUCCAAUUCCAUACCAAGAUGGUCAAAACUCUCCCCAUUGGCGGCAUCCGCGUCCCAGUACCGGGAUUCGGUGCCAUGGGCAUCACGUCGGCUAUGGGCACUAGGCUCUCGGCCGAGCAGGCGGAGCCGGUGCUUCUGAAAGCCAUCGAGCUGGGCUGUACCUUUUGGGACACUGCUGUUGCGUACGACGCAGGUCUCAACGAGAAGAUUCUCGGGGACUUCAUUCGCAAGCACAACGUCCGCGACAAGGUCUUUGUUGCUUCCAAGUGUGGCUUUGAUGUCUUCAACGAUCGCAGUGUCACCAACUCGAGAUCUCACAUCCGGUCUUACAUCGAUGGUACCAUCGAAAGACUAGGCUUCGCACCAGACCUGUACUACUUGCACAGAAUCGACCCGAAGACACCUCUCUCGGAGUCCAUCGCUGCUCUUGACGAGAUCCGGAAGGAGGGAAAGACCAAGUACAUUGGCCUGUCAGAGUGCUCUGCCAAGACACUUCGCGAGGCUAACUCGAUCGCCAAGGUUGAUGCAGUCCAAGCGGAAUACUCUGCCUUUGAGACCCUCCACGAGGAGAGCGGUCUCAUCCAAACGGCCAAGGAGCUGGACGUUGCCUUUGUAGCGUUUAGCCCAUUGGGCCAUGGUUGGCUGGUCGACAACUUCGAUUACCAGAGUCCCGACGACUUUGCGCCCGAUGACUUCCGUCGAACUGUCCCCAAAUUCCAAGGAGAAAGCUUUUACAAGAAUAAGGCCAUCGUGGACGAGAUGAAGAAGAUCGCUGCCGAAAAGGGCUGUUCUCUUGCUCAGCUUGCUCUGGCCUGGGUGGCUGCCCAAGGUCUCAUCACCAUCCCAGGCACUACCAAGCCGAAGAGGCUGGAGGAGAACUGGGCCUCCCGGGAUGUGGAGUUGUCGGAGAGUGAGGUUCUUGCCAUCAGGAAGCUGGUGGAAGCCAACAAGCCUGAGGGAAAGAGAUUCUCAGCAAUGCAUGAGGCCGCAGUCGGCCACUAG